AUGGUGGGAAGCAUUGUUGCAGAUGCCAUGCGCGCCGAGGAUGUCGCCGCCGGGAAGGCGGAGGUGUUGCCGGAGGAAUUAGAUUUGGCGGAGGUGCCUGAGGAGGCGGUGGCGAUGGGGCUGCCUGAUGCGGCCAAUGAAUUCGGUGGUGCCGUGGAGAGGUCGGGGAGGAAGGAUAUCUCGCUCGGGAGAAACGUCCAUUCUACCUGCUUCGCCGUGACGGAACCUGACGCCGACGAUGAGGAGACGGGCGAUCGGGAGGCGUACAUGGCCAGCGUACUGGCGAGGUACCGGAGGUCUCUCGUCGAGAGAACGAGGCACCAUCUCGGUAUCUCUCCCUCUCUUUCUCACUCUCCCUCCCCCCGGGGGGCAGAACUUUGCAUAUGAACCUUUUUUCCUCUUGAAAUUUUGGUUUCCUGAAACUUUCUCUCCAUGGGCAGUUUCUUUUAGGAUUUGUCACUGUAUGAGGGAAAUCUUGAGUCGACUUUGAAGGAAAUUCCAUUAGGAAUUCUUGAUCCAAUUUCGGUCUCCCUUUUUGGUUUUAACCCUGUGUUUAGAUGACAUUUUUCUAUGAUUACUGUGCAUACUAAAAAUCUAUGAGAGCGGCAUUUUGUGAGAUGUGUACCGUUGCUGUAGAACACAACGCAGUCAGAAUCUAUCAUCUCUGUUGAGAAGGAACAGUUGGUCUUGAAAUAUUUUGAUAAUUUUCUUGCUAAAAAAGUUUAUGCAAAGGAAUAUUCACCUUUGUUUACAAUGAAUUAUUGUAAACCAACUCUGUUCAUUCUUUGACGAUUGAUAGAUUUGACACAAACUCUAGUCGAUCUCCAUCUUAAGAAGCCUUUAAUCUCCAUCGUUGGAGAUUGAUAGAUUUCAAGUCCGGAGAUGCUUGCCACUCACCCGCAUUUUGAGGGAUGGCGAAAUCUGUCAGAUGAAUGUAGCUUAGUCUCCAUCGAAUAGCUGUGAAAGUCUUGAUUUCCCGCUGCUGCAGAUAAUUCUUUUUCAAAGACUUCAUCGUUUAUCAAUGCGAACUCAUAGCUGACUCUGUGUUCAAUGGCUGUAGGUUACCCCUACAACCUGGACUUCGACUAUGGUGAACUGGCCCAGCUGCAACAUUUCUCCAUUAACAAUCUUGGUGACCCCUUCAUUGAGAGCAACUACGGAGUCCAUUCCAGACAAUUUGAAGUAGGAGUGUUGGACUGGUUCGCUCGUCUCUGGGAGAUAGAGAAGGAUCAGUACUGGGGCUACAUCACCAACUGCGGCACAGAAGGCAAUCUCCAUGGCAUUCUUGUCGGGUUAGUAGUACAACCCGGCUUCCACUAUUAAUACUGGGGGUGGAUUCUUUCUUAUGAUUAGUUUCCGUUUUGAUGGUAUGCAGGAGGGAGGUCUUCCCUGACGGGAUCUUGUAUGCCUCCCGGGAGUCGCAUUAUUCGGUCUUUAAGGCCGCCAGGAUGUACAGGAUGGAGUGCGUCAAGGUGGACACUCUCAUUACAGGCGAGAUCGAUUGUGCUGAUUUUGGAAAGAAGAUUCUUCUGAACCAGGACAAGCCGGCCAUAAUCAACGUCAAUAUUGGUCUGAAAGUUUACUUUUCUCCCCCGUUGCCUCGCAAGAAUAGCUCAUUUGGUGGCAUAAAUUGAUCCGUUAUGUGUGGUAUGCUGUUUCAGGGACCACGGUCAAGGGGGCAGUCGACGAUCUCGACUUGGUCAUAGAGACACUCGAGAACAAUGGAUUCAAGGGCCGAUUCUACAUCCAUUGCGACGGCGCCCUGUUUGGGCUCAUGAUGCCUUUUGUCAAACGUGUACGUCAUAUCAUCUGUCCCCUAAGUUCCAAUCUAUGUAUAUAUAUAUUGAUUUCUAUAUAUGGUGAUGAUGAAUUGAAUUGAUGAAUGUGGAAGCAGGCACCAAAGGUGACGUUCAAGAAGCCGAUCGGGAGUGUGAGUGUGUCUGGCCACAAGUUUGUGGGGUGCCCGAUGCCAUGUGGUGUGCAGAUAACGAGGCUGGAACACAUCAACGCCCUCUCGAGGAACGUUGAGUACCUGGCCUCCAGGGAUGCCACCAUCAUGGGCAGCCGCAACGGCCACGCACCCAUCUUCCUCUGGUACACGCUCAACCGGAAGGGCUACCGGGGCUUCCAAAAGGAGGUGCAGAGAUGCCUCCGCAAUGCCCACUACCUCAGGGACCGCCUUCGAGCUGCCGGUGUCAGCGCCAUGCUGAACGAGCUCAGCAGCACCGUUGUCUUCGAGCGGCCACCAGAUGAAGAAUUCGUCCGCCGAUGGCAGCUUGCUUGCCAGGGGAGCAUCGCUCACGUCGUGGUCAUGCCCAAUGUGACCAUCGACAAGCUUGAUCACUUCCUCGAUGAGCUGGUGGCGAAGCGGGCUGCCUGGUUCCCGGCCGGCGGCAGUCAGAUUCCCUGCAUUGCAGCUGAUGUUGGCGAGGAGAACUGUGCCUGCACCCUCCAUCGCUGCUGA